CAGUGUCCCAUCCAGAGACAGCCAUUAGAGCUCAUUGAAACCAAUACAAAAUAAUAUUUCAAAAAGGUGAAUCAAAGAGAGCUCUUAUGGCUUCUAACAAUUUUCUUGUCAUCCUUGCCAUUGUGGCAGUUGUUCUUCCUUCACUCACCAUGGCUACUGAAUAUUGGGUUGGUGACUCUAGUGGCUGGACCAUUAACUAUGAUUACCAAGCUUGGGCCAAGGAUAAAGUAUUCUAUGUUGGAGACAAGCUAGUUUUUAACUACACUAUGGGAAAUCAUAACGUGUUCAAAGUGAACGCUACCGGCUUCAGCCAAUGCAUUAUCCCACCAUCAAAUGAGGCAUUGACCUCUGGGCAUGACAUCAUUCCCCUUAUGGUCCCUGGAAAAAAAUGGUACAUUUGCGGCGUGGGGCAGCACUGUGCUCAGUUUGGCCAAAAGCUUGUCAUCAAUGUAGAAGGCGGAGCUCCAGCACCGGCCCCUAUGAAAAACUCUGCUCGUGGGAUACUAAAUUCUGGGUAUCAAUUUUUCAUGGCAGCAGUGUUAGCUGUGGCUGCCAUGAUUGUAGCUUGACUAAUAUGCAGUUUAGAUUGUUUAGAUCAACAAAUUU